GAUAGCUCUCCUGGACUUCCCGGCAUGUGUAAUAGGAGACCCCCCAGAAAUGACAGCUGAGGCUCUGGAGGCAGGCACAGGUAGCCCAAGGGGUGGAAGCCUGAGCCCGGGUGGCAGUGGAGGAAGCCCCAGCGGUGGUGAGGGGAACAUGCAGAUGGUGUCUGGGACAUGUUGCUGGAGGAACAUGUUCUCCUGCAUCAACCUGCUGAGAAUCCUUAACAAGCUGUGCAAGUGGAAGCACUCUAGAAUCAUGAUGCUUGUUGUUUUCAAAUCAGCACCAAUUUUGAAACGCACCCUGAAGGUGAAACAUGCUAUGAUGCAGUUAUAUGUAUUAAAACUAUUAAAGAUGCAGACAAAAUAUCUGGGCCGACAGUGGCGUAAAACCAACAUGAAAACAAUGAGUGCCAUCUAUCAAAAGGUGAGACAUCGACUUAAUGAUGACUGGGCUUACGGCAAUGAUCCUGAUGCAAGACCAUGGGACUUCCAAGCAGAAGAAUGUGCUCUAAGAGCAUGCGUUGAUAGAUUCAAUUCACGAAGAUAUAAUAAUACAGUAGUAAGUGGAAACCUCCAUCUGCUUGAUUUACAUAUUCCUUCAGUCAGAUCUGUUAAAAAGUGUGUGUGCGAGUGUGAAUGUGUGUUUGAUUGUGGUUCUCUCUCUGGUUGUAUAUGUUUUGUAUUGUUUUUGUUGUUUUUUAGUGCUUUGAAUUAGUAUUUCCAUUUUAGU